CGUCACAACCCGGAAGUGAGCUCGCUGCAACGCUGUUGUCGCAGCAGCUCAGCUGAUAUUUGUGAUUAAACCCAGCAGACCGUAACAGACUGAACACAGCUGUUGUUGUUGUUGUUGUUGUGUUGUUGUUUACUCGUCGCCAUCAUGAACGUGACGCUCGCGGUGAAGCAGUACGUCUCCAAGAUGAUCGAGAGCAGCGGGCCCGGGAUGAAGGUUCUGCUGAUGGACCGGGAGACGACCAGCAUUGUGAGUGUGGUCUACACUCAGUCAGAGAUCCUCCAGAAAGAAGUUUACCUGUUUGAAAGAAUGGAUUCUCAGAACAGAGACAGCAUGAAGCACCUGAAGGCCAUCUGCUUCCUGAGGCCCACCAAGGAGAACGUGGAUUAUCUGAUCCAGGAGCUGCGGAGGCCCAAGUACAGCGUCUACUUCAUCUACUUCAGUAACGUGAUCAGUAAGAGUGAGAUCAAAGCUCUGGCUGAGGCCGACGAACAGGAAGUGGUGGCUGAGAUCCAGGAGUUUUAUGGAGACUUCAUCGCGGUGAAUCCUCACUUUUUCUCUCUCAACCUGCAGGGAGUCGCCAGGGGGCGGAGCUGGGAGCCCUCCAUGUUGUCCCGGUGCACUCAGGGUUUGACCUCCGUCCUGCUCGCUCUGAAGAAAUGUCCCAUGAUUCGAUACCAGCUGUCCUCCGAUGUGUCCAAGCGCCUCGCCGAAAGCGUCAAGCAAAUCAUCACGAAGGAAUACGAGCUGUUUGACUUCAGGAAGACGGAGGUUCCUCCUCUGCUGCUGAUCCUGGACCGCAGCGACGACGCCAUCACACCGCUGCUCAACCAGUGGACUUACCAGGCUAUGGUCCAUGAGCUGCUGGGUCUCAACAACAACAGGAUCGACCUCUCCAGGGUUCCUGGGAUAAGCAAAGACCUGAAGGAGGUGGUUCUGUCUGCAGAGAACGACGAGUUCUACGCCAAUAACUUGUACCUGAACUUCGGAGAAAUCGGCACCAACAUUAAAAACCUGAUGGAAGAUUUCCAGAAGAAGAAACCAAAAGAACAACAGAAGCUGGAGUCCAUCAGCGACAUGAAGGCCUUUGUAGAUAACUACCCCCAGUUUAAGAAGAUGUCUGGCACCGUGUCCAAACAUGUGACGGUGGUGGGGGAGCUGUCCCGGCUGGUGUCGGAGCGUCAGCUGAUGGAGGUGUCAGAGGUGGAGCAGGAGCUGUCCUGUCAGAACGACCACUCCAACGCCCAGCAGAGCGUCCGCCGCCUGCUGCAGAACCCGCGUCUGUCCGAGCUGGACGCCGUGCGGCUGGUGAUGCUCUACGCUCUGAGGUACGAGCGCCACAGCAGCAGCGCGCUGCCGGCGCUCAUGGACGAGCUGAGCCGGAGAGGCGUGUCGGAGCGGCACCGCAAGAUGGUGAAGUCGGUGGUGGAGUAUGGCGGGAAGAGAGUCAGAGGAAGUGACCUCGUCACACCGACAGACGCCGUUGCCAUCACCAAACAGUUCUUCAAAGGCCUCAAGGGGGUAGAGAACGUGUACACGCAGCAUCAGCCUCUGCUUCAUGACACUCUGGAUCAGCUGAUCAAAGGUCGACUGAAGGACAGUCAGUUCCCUUACCUGGGGGCCAGCAGCCUGAGAGACAGGCCUCAGGACAUCAUGGUGUUUCUGAUUGGUGGAGCCACGUAUGAAGAAGCUCUGACUGUUUACAACCUGAACCGCAGCACACCUGGAGUCCGCAUCGUCCUUGGAGGAAGCAGCAUCCACAACACCAAGAGCUUCCUGGAGGAGGUCAUGGCGUCGGCGGGUCACAGCGGCGACCGAGCUCAAGGAAGCGGUCGCAGCCGGCGCUGAGAACCGAGCAGCCUUCCCUCCUGAUACAAUACAGAGGGAAAGGAGAAAGAACAACAACCCGAAGCCAACAACACAUUCACAUCACCAGUCUGGGUCCACCCUGUCAGUACAUCUUGGUUGAAGAGUCCAGCCCGGAGGGGUCCAGCACGUCCAAGACCGGUUCCCAUCUCUUGAUGAAUCCCCCAUUGUCACGAGGUGUGGCUCAAACUCCCCUUGUACCAAGAGGCGUAUCUUUAGAAACCCAGAAUGUAAGAAGUCUUUGGUCCUUUAGACAAUAGUAUCCAGUCAGUUUAGCCCCAGAACACAUUGAGGUCAAAGGUCAGAUCCGAUCAAAGAAACCGCCUCAUCCUUUACGUGUAGGAUGUUUACUUUAUAUGUUUGAAUCUUUGCACAUUUCCAAAACGUGUGUAUAUAAGUACCAACUUCAGAGUUCGAUGUACUACAUGUAGGGGAACCUAGACCCAGCCUAGGUUCUGUUCCUCCUGACAUGUGACGCUGUCUGACGCUCCAUGUCCAUCUGCCAUGUGUUCAGGGGACUGAUUUAAGAUUCAGGGAAUCCCAGUUUCUCCAUAUGGGAGCCAAAAGGGAAACAAAUGGUUCUACAGUAGAACACGAUCUUGUUCCAGGUGUUUAAGGUAUUCCGGACAAUAAAGUUAUUUUGAACCUCUA